ACAGCGUCAAUCUCAAUUGAAAUAAUACCAACUCUGCAUGUCUCGUCCAGCCUGAUCGAAGUUCUGACUUUCAGACCUUCAAUUGUUCCUGCCUUUUCGUGAGGCACGAACUCGUACCUCCCUCCUCCUCAUCCCAACCAUGUCAUCUUCAACAACAUCGAACGCCCUCGUCAGCGCCAAUGACGCCCAACAAACAUUCUCGCAGCAGGGCAGCCUGGACUGGGUGGCACUCGGGCGGACGCAAUACUCGAUGUCCAUCGCCGUGCUCAGCCGCCUGGCGAAAGCCGGUAUCGACACCUUGACCGUCGCCUUUGGACAAGCCAUGUGCACCCAGAUACCUAUCGGCUCGCACGGCGAGAAAGUGCUCGCCGAGUCGAUGAAGGGACUCACGGCAAAGUCGUUCGCGUCCGACUUGCUGUGGUUUGGUGUCGGCGUUCGACAUAUCCUCCACGAGCUGGUCCAGACGUCGCAGGGAUGCUCGCUAGUCGCCCUCUGCGCCGCCUUGACAGAGUCGCAUACGAUCUCUGUCUCCGCGUUGGUGCUCUACGAGCUAGCGAAGGAGUGCGGUGGUCCCAGAGAGCUUGCGCCUUCGCUCGAGCAAUGGGAGGCGUUGGUUCGCGUGGCAGCUUCCGUCUUCAACGGGUCGACGUUGGGACUUCGCAUUUCUCAGAUCGCCAGACUCAGUGUCAAUAAGUCUCCUUGGACCGCAAACUCUCCAACCUCGCAUCCCGUAGAUCUUGCCAAGGUGCUAUUGGCGAUCGGUCAGGUGGUUCAUGGAAACGUGCAAAGCGUUUCCGUCUAUGGAGACUCAUGUUGUAGUUGGAUCGCAGCGUGGGCUGACUUCGUCCUCGGACUACGGGUCCUUGUACGACAUCCAGACGGCCAUGUCGUACACGCCAAUUACAACGUUAAGCAGACCUUCGCACAGGUCAUCGUUCAAUUUUCCGCGGGUGAAAAUGCACCAAGCUCUCUGCAGAUUCGAUCUAGGUAUUUCAUUCGUUCAGGAGCGGAAUUUGUCCGCCAGUGCUUUGCUAAUGUUCGUUCAUCUGUGCGGGUGGAUAUGGAUUUCAACACUGGAAGGGUGCAAUGGGACACGAUGUUCUUGGAUGUGUUCGGUUCUCAGGUGCAGCUUUUACUGCAAUCGAUAAACGGAGGGCCUGACCCUCUCAAGCUUUCUAGAGACAUUGAAGCAGAGACGAUGGAUCGUUCCCCACACCUCAUGCCAGCUUCCUUGAGCGAAAACCAGAUCUUUACCCGGCUCCUCGCCAUUUUCACCAUAGUAUUUGCCGUAAUCGAAAGCCCAGACACGGUCAACGGAAGCGCAAUGCGUUACCAUGUCCGCGCAUGUGAGCAUGUGCCUGAACUGCGUCACAACAGUGGGAAUACUCGACUCGCAAUCGCAACCUUUUUAAACUUAUAUGGCCCAGAAAGCUCUCUGCCGGAUGUUCUAAAAGACUCUGAGAUGACAGGUAUCCAGCAUCUAAUUGCUAACUAUAUGGAGUGUAUCCACCAGUUGGAAAGUUUGUGCCGCUGCGGUCGUCAUCGUUAUGAGGGUCAACAGGUUGAAAAAAUUGAUCCGUUCUGCCUGCCGACAAUGGCUGAGACGAUCAUGUUCACGAUUGUAUUACUCGAACGGAUUGUCUUGGACUCACCGCUCAGACCUACUACACACGGACUAUAUGAUCUAUACCCCAACUCAAAAUACGGUCCGAUACCACCCCCUGAGAUAGGGCUGUCCAACAAGUCACAAAACGCAUUUUCUCCAGAGGAUUUCGUCGUACGCAUCACCAGAUCCACCAACCACAAUUGCUGUGCGGCAUUCCCAGCCGCAGCAGCACUCUUUUCAGGCGAGAGAUGGCGCAACGAAGUCGGCAUCGCUAAGAGUGACGGCAAGACUUACUGCUACAUCCAACUUCUGGAAGGCCUCACCGACAACUUACAAGAGGCACGUAAGAUUCAUGUCGGUUCUGGAGGUAUCGAGUACGGAACACGACUCCAUUCCACCCUCUUCGACACCAACUAUUCGGAGCCUCAUCCCGGAUACCCGGUGCGGGACACCGCAGUUGUCGACUCGAUCGACCAUCUCAACUUCGACUCUACGUCGAACCCAAUCCGAGUGCAAUUGGUGAUCGAGGAGGAGCCCUUGCAUAUUCUCCUCCGUUACCACGUCAACACGCAACAGGGCGACAUCUUCAUCUCUCCCACCGUCUUCUUCUGGCAUCUCCUAAAGGCGAAUCUAUACAAGUUCGCGGCACGGUACUCUGCCUCCGACUCGAAAGAAUGGGAGUCGGUGCUCCGAACCCACAAGUACAUCAUGGUUCACGGGGAGGGGCUAGUCAAAGCUUCUGACAAGUAUCAUCUUUUGCGCCCACUGCGUGGGAAUGUCUUGGGGAGGUGUGUAGCGAUGUCGACGACGAAGAGCCCCAUGGCCCUAGUCAGGACAGAUGAGGAAUUGCAGAUCUUUGCGAGGUUCUGGGCAAGGUGGUUAGUUGAUCGUGAUCCAGCAGAUAAGGCGGGUGAUUACUGUUCUCUGAUAUCCUGAUUUCAUCCCACUCGGCCAAUGCGAACAGAAGGUCUCGCAGGUACAUAAGCAUAUUUCCUAACAUCUACCACACUAUACCCUUUUUCACAUUUCUACCAUGCGAGUUUUACGGAAAUUCAUAAUACAGCAUCGAAUCCUACAUCCAACACGGAUUUAUCUGACGACAUUAGACAACUUGGCUAGAUUACGAAAUUUCAAACAUCAAAC